AGGGCAGGAAGUGACGUCUGUCCCUGGCAACCGGCGGCGGGAUCCAUCGGCAGGACGGUCGUCGUCUCUCUCGGCACGGUUUCGUCUGUGAGCCCCUCCACCACCAAAGACCCUGCUCAUCGCGGGUUUGGACCAUUGCCAUGGUUUCCCGGAAGCAGAAGAAGUUGCUGCAUUACGUGGAGGAGGGCAGUGUACCGAAGCUGAAAUCUUACCUCCGCAAGCACCGGCAGCUCCCGGUGACGUUUGCCGGGCGGAAGGGCCGCACCCCGCUACACGUGGCCUGCACACGGAGGGAGGGCGGAGCCGCCCGUCUGCUGCUGAGGUACGGAGCCGACCCGAUGAUCCAAGACCAGAAAGGAAAUACUCCGCUGCACCUGGCAGCCAGGGAGGCAGUGAGGAAGGGAGAGCGAGUCUAUGAGGAUCUCGUGGCGCCUCUGAGGAAGUAUUGCCCAGCUGCCAUGGAUGUGUUGAAUGAGGACGGGGUCACUCCGAGAGAAAUACUCAGGUCAAUGACAAAGUAUCAGCAGGAUCCUGGAACAGAGGCAGACGAGGCGAGUGACGACCCUGGGGCAGAGGCAGAGGAGGCAUGUGACACAGGGAAGGAUCAUGCCGACAGGGAGUGGUAUUGCAAGCUGUUCGGCGAAUGCGAGGACGAAUUCUACCAGAAAUGUGGUCGCUAUGAAGAGGAUUACUCCCUGCCGGAUCCCGAGCCGUGCACGUAUGAUGACUGGGCCGAGCGGCUGGCGAGGGAGUACGCGGCGAAGCGGGCGCAGGCGGAGGGCAGCCGGCGGCGGAGGCCAUCUGGGGACCGGGAGAGGGAGCAGCGGGAGUUCCAGCAGCGCCUGGAGGCGGAGCACCAGCUGUACCUGGAGAGGGGGGCCAAGAAGGCGGAGGAGGUGGCGGGCAGCCGCAAGCGGCGCUACGAGCAGGGCUGCGCCCAGGUGUUCGGUCGGGAGGGGGCUGGCCGGCUGGGCUACGCCGACGUCCCCUGGCCCGACCCACGGGGGACGGUGGAGGACAUGGUGGGGGUGAUCCUCCACGGGGUGGACCGGACCCAGCGGGACGCCUUCCGCCGCUACUUGAGGCAGCAGCGGGCCGUUUGGCACCCCGACCGCUUUGCGCAGCGCUGCGGGGGGCGGCUGCUGGAGGCGGACCGCCAGAGGGUCCUCGACACCGUGACGGCCCUCUCGCAGGCUUUGAACAGGCUGGCGGAGAGCAUCCGCUGACGUCCCGUUUCCCGUUCCCAUCUCUCUGUCGGGGAGCCAGAGCUCCCUCCGCUGUUCAUCGGCCGAGGGCAAUGUGGUUUAGCGGGCCAGACCCCAUCAUACAAUCGUACAGCACAGAAACAGCCCAUCUCGUCCACGCUGAGGUUCCCACCUGAGAGAACUGCAUCCCUGUCCAAUCCAAUUGUCUCCACCAUCUACAGCAUCUACAGAGGCGAUGCCUCAAGAAGGCAGCAUCUAUCAUCAAGGAUCCCCCAUCAUCCAGGCCAUGCCCUCUUUUUGCUGCUACCAUCGGGCAGGAGGUGCAGAAGCCCAAAUCCCCACACCACCAGGAUCAGGAACAGCUACUUUCCCACAGCCAUCAGGUUCUUGAACUGAAGUGCACAACCCUAACUGUACCUCAGCAACAGAACAAGGUGGACUCUUGCACUACAAUGGACUUGUCUUUGUUUUUUUUUGUACUACUGUCUUGAUUUACAGUCUUUUUCUUUUCACUAUCUUGUAUAAUUUAUGUUUUGUAUGUGGUUUGAACCCACGUGCCUGUAAUGCUGACGCAAGCAAGUUUUUCAGUGUACGUACCUGUACCUGACAAUAAACUUGACUACCUG